GUAUAUCUUAUAUUACUCAUGUAACUGAUACAAAUAUUAAUUUUUUGUCAUUCCUUGAAUGCUUUACAUAACAUAGCAACUGUCCCGUGUAAUGUUGCAUUGUUAUCUAUUCAAUCAUAUAGCAGCACCCCUUUCCCCUAAUAGUAUUUUUCUUAUGGCCGUUAGUAUUGGUACAGUUUGAAAUGAAGGCCUACGCCAGGAAUAUAUACCUAAGUUAUCUUGCAGCAAGGCUAGAAACAGUCGUAAACAAAACAGCCUUGAUUGACAUAUGGUAGGCGGUAUAAAAUGCUAAAUCAGAGAAGAAAGAUAAAACACUAUGGUUAUUGAUUUAGUAAUUGUUAAUUAUGCACAUGUGAUAUAAUGCAAACUGGUAUGAAAUGGGUGUGACCGUAAAGCGCAAAUCUAUUAUUUCAGUAUUGAGCAGAGCGUGGAAAUACAGUCACCAGCCCAUUUCGUAUUGUUUCACUGUGUUUGACGGUACUCUGUUUUUGGUGCGUGUCAUAACUUGAAAUGAUAAUUUAUUCAACUACCAGCAUACGGGUUGGUUUAGAUAUUUUCAAUAAGAUAACUGAUUUUAAAGAUUGAACACUUAUAUUCAGCAGCGGGGAGAUAUCGAGAAUCGCCACAUAAUGUACUGUACCUCAGACUAUCUAUAUGGGUUGACAUCUUACAAGUAACAGAUUGAACAGCCUACCUCCGAACAGUUGUACACCAGUCUCGACGGAACUGCACAUGAUUCAAGUGAAUCAAAUUCUUGAGGAAGUCGUAUAAAGAGUCUUGAAGAUGGCUGACGUUUCGGAGAAAGAGCGGGAUGAAGUGAACUGUGCCGUCUGCAUGGACAAACUCACCAACGCCAAGUACCUCAAGUGCUUUCAUUCUUUCUGUACCCGUUGCCUGGAACACUGCGUCCGCAACCUGAAGGUCUCCUGUCCACUUUGCCGUGAGGUCACCAGCGUACCUAGAGGAAUCGAUUCCUUGUUGCCGAACCUGAAGGCGACCAGACGAGUCAACGAGGCAAAGGUUCGGGCGAGAAUCGAGACUAAGAUUCAAGAUAGCGGCUGCCAGUGUGGCUCCUGCAAAGAGCUCGGUGUCAUAUGCUUGGCCAAGUCCUACUGCGUCGACUGUGAGAUGCUCAUCUGCGACACUUGCGUGAAGGCUCAUGAGCUUCUGAAGAUGACGAGGAGUCAUCGUAUCAUAGGUGUCCUCGACUUUCAGAAUGGCGUGCCCGUAGAUGAAGGGGACGAUGUGCGUGAGGUCGGGGUAUUGGAGAGAAGAUGCGAGAAACACGGUUCACCACUCACCAAGUUCUGUCGCCCAUGCCACCAACCGGUGUGUCCACAGUGUGCUUUAGAAGAACACCCCAAACUCAACGACCAUGAGUGUGUCAGCAUUGUCGAUGUCGAAGGAAAAUUGGCAGGGGAGUUGAAGCAGUUACUCAGCAAAAUUGAUCCGAAUCACUUUGAUCGCGUCGCGAACUCCUACAAGCAACGUCUAAAGAAUAGCGCGGACAAAGCUCAAGAACUCAAAGCGAAGAUCAACGAGUCAGCUCAAAACGAAGUAGCCUCUAUUUACGCCAAGAUCGAGGCCAAGCGAGUUGAUCUCAACGCACGUAUCCUCGACAUCGAGAAGGUAUCCAGUCGCAAGGUCGCCGCUGUCCUAUCAGGGAUCCGACGACUCCGCUGCCGGGCGGAGAAGCUGGAAGGCUACGCCAACGAGCUCCUGAAGACGGGGAACCCAUCCGACAUCCUUGCCGUCAAGGAAACAGUGACCGAACACCUCAAGGACAUCCGAGCUGAGAUGAGAAAGCUAACAUCGGACGAUUCGGAAGUCGAUGACCUUGAUGGGUACACGUUCACACCGACGGACUGGAUGUCGGCGAACUAUGAGCCGGGUGUAGGUCGACUUGAGGCACCGACGCUAAGAGGACAAGGAGAAUGUUCGGUGGCAGGGGUUUUCAAGAGAAGGACAUCCACCAGGAUGACCAGGACUACGCAAAGACCUCAAUCAGCUUUACCACGUCUGUCCAAUACUCGUUCUUUGAUCAAUUAGUUUUGUCCGCUAGUGGAUCCAGGGAAGGGGAACGCCCCCCCCCCCCCACACACAAAAAAAGAAGUAUGGGCCGAUGCCCAUUUUUGCUUGCUUGUCAGAGUAUACCAAAAGGUCACACAUAGAGACUAUUUUUUUUUGUUU